UGUCACGCACGCAAAUCAGUGCCACCCAAACUGCUUCCCCCGGACCUUUUAGACCGAUUCCUCCAGCUAUGGUCGCCAGACGCUAUUUCAUCCCAAUGCCCGCCGCCCCUGCGGCCCAGGGUGGGGAGAAGCGGCCGGUGAAGAAAUAACAAGCGUUCCAGUUUCCGGACCCAAACCUGCAGUUUGUCCAGUUUCGGGGCUCCGGCUGUCAGGGAAGAAGUAACCGCGAGGAAGGCUCCCCGGUCCGGGGAGCGGCCGCCACCAUGAAGCCCAGUGAGGGGGAGAUACUGAGGGAUGACCUGGUGCAGUUAAAUGUUCCUGUGAUUCAGCAAUCCUUUCACUGGGAUUGUGGACUCGCCUGCUCCAGGAUGGUGCUGCAGUAUCUCCAUCCUGUGAGUGAGGAGGAAUUCCAGACAGCCUGUUGGAGAUUACAGCUCAAUGAAAGUGUCUGGACAAUAGACUUGGCUUACCUAAUGCAGCAGUUUGGUGUUAUGCACCGGUUCUGCACACAGACACUGGGAGUGGACAAGGGUUAUCGAUACCAGUCAUUCUAUCGGAAGCAUUUCGAGACUGAAGAGGACCGGGUAAACCAGCUGUUUGCUCGCGCAGAAGCAAAUGGUGUUCAGGUAGAAAAGAGGUCUGUCACCAUUCAGGAGAUCCAGCAGCACCUGGCCAAGGAUCAUGUGGUCAUUGUCUUGGUGAAUGCAGUCCUGCUCGUCUGCGACCUCUGCUCAGCUCCAGUCAAGUUCUGUUGCCUCCUGCCCAUUGGACAGAAAUGUUUCUGCAGGAAGCCCGACUAUCAGGGACAUUUUAUUGUGGUGUGUGGCUACAACAGGAACUCAGGCUGCAUCUUCUACAACAACCCGGCAUAUGCUGACAGAGUCUGCUGCACAACUGUAAGUAACUUCAAUGAAGCUCGCAUGAGUUAUGGGACAGAUGAAGAUAUUCUGUUUGUUUAUAAAGACAGCUGAUUACCGUAUCACAGAGUACGAGCCUGACUCCAGUUCAAACACCUACUACCUAAGGAUAUAAGAUGGUGGUGUUGCAAUGCAUUCCUCACUUUGCACAAUGCGUGUCAGUUCCAUCGCUGCUUGGCACCCAAGGCCUUUUCCCUCCCCCACUCUCCUAAUGAUGGUCACUGAUUGGACAGAACCUUUGUAUGACUCAUUUCCUUCUACUUGAAACAUGCUGGUGAAUUUCACUGGAAGAUCAUGUCAUGGAGAAAAGUAACUGGAUCCAGCCCAGGCAAACUGCCCACACCCAGUUAUCACAUUUGGUUUUCAUUGCCCCCUCAGAUUGCUGCUUACAAACAACUUGGAAUUUGACUGGUUUUAAAAUGCCAGAGUCAAAGCUGAUUAUUUCCAUGUUCAGGCUUUACAAUAGAACUAAGGAGAGCUUUAAUUCUGGUAAAUGCUUUGGCUUCGCCCGCCAAAGAUGGUGCUGCUGUUUGGUUUUUAUUUUAGGGGCACAAGGUGAGGAACUGGUGCGCACAAAUUCUCUUAAAUUGAGGACAGUAAGGAAUACGGUGUUCUGUUGGUUGCUGUCUUGUUUCGCAGUUGGCUUUGCCCGGGUGCCCUCAGGGUUAGUCUGCUCUUUCACUGGGUCACCAGGCUCAGCAACCUGUACAGGUCUGGCUGAGGCCGUGGGCAGGUUGAAAUGAGAACUGGGCAUCUAGAAAGCCCCGGAGUUGCCCUCCCUUUCGCAAGGUGACAGGCUCCAGGGCCAGCCCUGGGCUGGCGGUUAAUAAUCCCAUGCUGAGUUUAGCUCUAACUGCAGGGCAGCGUGCAGCUUGGCCUCGCAGUCUGUCCUGACGGAUGAGUGAAGGAUUUUUCUGAUUGAUUCCACCAGAGCUAGCACUGGGAUUUCCAUUCACCUGCCUAUCAAACAGGAUUCUACACAUAAACUGGUAAAUGGCAAACUGUGUGUCUGGAAGCUUUUUUUUUAAAAGAAAAAAUGAUUGCUUAACAAAGAAUUUCCUUUAGCUUUAUAGAGAGAACUAUAUUCCAACCAAUCCGCUUAGAAAAUCACAAUCAUUUUGAAAAAAAUUCUGUGCCUCAUAAGCUCGUGGCACCUAAAAAAUCAGAAUCACAGCUCCAAACCCUGGCUCUACCUCGCUCGCACCCACUGCCACCCCUCAGGGAUGGCAGCUGUAACUCCCCCUGCACCUUCCCCCCGCUGAGACCCCAGACUUAAUUCACCUCCCCCACAAGAAACUGCAGCUGUUAUUCCCGUCCCCAUCCCAGGGACCCUGACCAUAACUCAACCCACCCCCUGGGACACCAGUCAAACCUUGUCUAAUUUUGGAUUUGCAAAAGGCAGUGCUCCGAUUGGCUGGUCCUGUAUCUCCAAACCCAAUCAGGAACUCUGAAGUGUUUAUUUGUUUGGUGCCCAUCACUAACUCACUCGGUAAUUAAAUUCUGCCAGAGGUUUUGGGCUACAUACCCCAGGGUAUUGACACAGCUCACUCAUUUCUCCUUUUUGUUCAUGGUGUACUGAUCAAUGUUUUCAGUGUGUUUAUAAUAAGGAUUAUUUGAAUAUCAUAGGGUCCAAUUAAAAGGUGAUUUGAUAAGUA